AUGUUUAUCACUGUGAUGUUUGGAGCUGGAUGCCGGGAGCUGGUGAACCCCUGGUGCAGCCUGGCGACCUUCACUAUGUAUCUGAAACAGAAGGUUCAAGUCCCCCAAGAAGCAACCAUCGCCCUCCUGGCUGAGGAUGGGCACCUGGUGAGGCUAGAAGAGGAGGCUGCCCCGCCCCCUUCCAUGGCCUGUUCCCUGCUACAGGAGCAAGGGACUUAUAUCCUGGUACAGAUCACCAGAGGGGAAGAUGGGACCCCCACUCACUAUGAGUCGCUAUUGGACAACCUGGGUGAUCAGUGUCCUGAGUUAGCAGAGGAGCUGUGCUGGCUCUCUGGCAUUCCAGCCACGAGCAAUAGUCAGAGAAGACGGACAGGCAUUCAGCGUGGCCACCAAGAACAAGGUCUCGCUUCAAGGUCUCGAAGGGCGACUUCCCUGCCAUCUAGAAACCGCUAGCUGGAGCCGGAGCCUGGUACAGAAAAGCACAGCCAAGUGGUGCAGCUGGACUUGGCUCCAAGGGGACUGACUGGCCUUGACCUCUGCAUUCUGAGCAACUGCAAACAGACAGCGAUCCUGCAGGACUCCUGUUCCAGAAUCUGCCAUUACUAAGAAGUUGCAUCAGCAAGAAGAGAAAAGUCCCAGACAGGAUG